AUGGCAAACCCGAGAGACUCCACCAACCACACAUUUCUGUCGCGGGUGUUUGGGUUAAAUUCGGCUUACCCCGGAUCAGUGGCCUCCAACCCUUUGUUUGCUGACGAUAUCGAACACCAGUAUUACGACAACGACGACGACAAUGACAAUGAAGAGGACGAACAGGAAGAAGAAGACGACGAAGACCCGCCUAGAGAUCUUUAUGAACAGCAUGCUACAUCCCAGAAUUUGGACACAUCAUCAUUGCAUUCUGAUUCGGACAACUUUUCGAGUACAGACAACCUGGAUGCGGGCUAUGACGAUGAAGCUGGUGCUGGUGGUGUUCCCGAGAGUUUGAUGAUGGAGGAUUUUUUGCCUUCUCCAGCCACCCCAACUCGUGAUACACGGCCGCACCAGCCUACUCUGGCCGAAAAUGUGAAGAUUCACGCUCGAAACUUCGCUGAUAGGACGAUCCCAAAGGGGAUAACGUUCCAACUACCCCAGAGAAGGCCCCCACAACUAUCCCCUUCUCCGGCUGCGACUCCACAGCAACAAAGAAGACCUACGCAAAGUGCUGAUGAACAGCAUCGAUUCCGAGAACGGACUGGUAUCCUUACGCCUAUGGAAAGGUCUCUCUGGAUGUGGGCUAACGUCUCUAAUCUGGACAAGUUUUUAAUGGACGUGUAUUCAUACUACCUUGGGAACGGGUUCUACUGCAUUUUGCUGAAGAGGUUAUUUGACACACUCACAAUUGUUUUUGUGAUCUGGCUGGUUAGUUUCAUGGGCAACUGUAUUGAUUACACAACCCUAAUGCACACUCGAGUGACUAAGUUCUCGGAGGUGAAGAUCCCGAAAUGCUAUUCGAAGAUGUCUUUUCUUCAGAAGAUGCUCUAUCUGAUACUCAUGGCUCUUCUGGGAUUGCGAUUGCGCACUUUUAUUGACGAGUACCGCAAUUUGAAGGACAUCAGGAAUUUCUACAACUUGCUUCUGGGAUUGGGAGACGACGAACUCCAGACGAUUGGCUGGGCCACUAUCGUGAAGAAGAUCAUGGUUCUCCGCGAUCAAAAUACAAAUGCACUGAUUUCUGCUACUCAACACGACGAUCUGAGGUCUAAGAAGAAGCUUAGCGCUCACGAUGUAGCCAAUCGUCUCAUGCGAAAGGAGAACUAUAUGGUGGCCAUGUUCAACAAGAAGAUAUUAAACUCAUCUCUUUCCAUUGGAGGAUCAAUUUUCUUGACCAAGACGCUUGAAUGGAAUCUGAAAUUGUGUAUCUUUGACUUUUUGUUCAACGAUAUGGGCCAGUUGAGACCUUCUGUUUUGAACGAGAACAGGCGAUUCGGAUUGUCUACAGAACUGCGCAAACGAUUCAGAAUGGCCGGCAUGUUCAGCAUAGGACUUUCGCCAUUUUUAGUGGUGUAUUUCUUGCUGUACUAUUUCCUCAAAUUCUUCUACGAUUUUAAGACUAACCCGGCGCUGCUGUCAGCGAGGGAAUACUCUCCCGAUGCUCGUUGGAGGCUUCGCGAGUUCAAUGAGCUCCCUCAUAUCUUCAAGAAACGCCUGGCUCUUUCGACAGAGCCAGCCUCUGUCUAUGUGAACCAGUUUCCCAAGGAGAAGACUACUCUUUUGCUCAAGUUCGUAUCCUUUGUUUCUGGAUCUUUGGUGACUGUGCUAGUUCUGCUGACUAUUAUUGAUCCUGAGCAGUUUCUGAAUUUGGAGCUGACCGAGGGUCACACCGUCCUUUUUUACAUCUCCGCUUUGGGUGCAAUUUUCACGGUUUGCAAAGGUGCGCUUCCGGAUACAAACACCGUCUUUGACCCGGAAGCCAGCCUGAGAUACGCUUCACAAUAUACUCAUUAUCUCCCAAACGAGUGGGCUGGUAAAUAUCACACUGAGGCAGUCAAGAACGAGUUUUGCAAACUGUUCAACCUGAGGAUAGUUCUCGUGGCCAAGGAGCUCAUGAGUUUCGUGAUGUUGCCUUACUUGCUUUACUUCAAGCUUCCCGAAUCCUCAGAACGGAUAAUAGACUUCUUCAGAGAGUUCAGCGUUCACAUCGAGGGUCUUGGCUACGUUUGUCGUUUUGCAAAGUUUGAGUUCGACAGAAGUGACAAGGAUGGGUUGAGAGAUGAGUACUAUUCCUCUAAUGACGACAAAAUGGCAAAGUCAUAUCUCUAUUUCCUGGAGACUUAUGGAAAUGAGCAGCCGACCAUGGAGAAAAACCGCGUCCCUUCCAGAAAGAACGCAAUUCAGAACCUCGGCUUUAAGUCUGCUAUGAAGAAUUCUAUGAUUGAUACACAUUCUGGUCUCAACCAGAGUAUCUACAACCAGCGAUACACACCGCAACUCCAGCAGCAAUCCCAAUUUUUGCCUCCAUCACGGCCUGGCUUUGGAGAUGAAUACAUAAACUCAAGUUUUGUUCUCGGCGAGUCUGUUGCGGAACAGGAGGUGGAAUCGGAAGAGGAUGAUGAUGGGGGAGUGUUAGGGUUGAUUAAUCAAAUAUACAAGCACAAGCAGGGGAUAAGGUGA